CACCCACACAUGUUGACACCUAAUUGUGAGACACUAUAUCUAUGCAUAAAAUAGUACGCAUUUAUGGAUAAAUUAUCCAACCACGACGCUGGAUAUAUCCGAUUCUGGAGCACAUACGUGUCCGCCAUGAAUCGCCUGCUCAAGAUCCCGGCGACGCCGAUCCAGUGGUUCGCCGGCGUCCUGACCCGACCCGAUUCGCUCUCGGGCGGGCAUUUCACUCGCCGGAUCUCCGCGAAGCAGGGGGCGGAGUCGCCAUGGGAAUCAGCGGAGGAGGGACUGGUGAAGUGCCCGGCGAACUCCGCCCCGUUGACGCCGAUAAGUUUCUUGGAGAGAGCGGCGAAGGUUCACGGCGACCGGCCGUCGGUAGUGUACGGGAGGCGCGUGAGGUACAGGUGGGAGCAGAGCUAUGAGAGGUGCCUCAAACUCGCCUCUGCCCUAACUCAGUUAGGCAUUUCUCGUGGUGAUGUGGUUGCUACACUGGCGCCUAAUGUACCAGCAGUUCAAGAGCUGCAUUUUGCAGUGCCAAUGGCUGGCGCUGUCCUCUGUACACUAAACACUCGCCAUGAUUCAUCAAUGGUGUCCACCCUCUUGGCACAUUCCGAAGCUAAGGUCCUUUUUGUCGACUACCCCCUCCUCCCGGUCGCCCGAGGGGCGGUCCGUCGCCUAGUAGACGACGCCGAAAGAGAACCGCCAUUUCUCGUGUCGAUAGUCGACUCCGAAGAAGAGUCGGGAUUCGAUUCACGGGUCCCCGAGCUCGAGUAUGAGGCAUUCUUGGAGAGCGGGGAUAGCGGGUUUGAGAUACGGUGGCCGAGGAGCGAGUGGGACCCGAUUAGUGUUAACUAUACAUCGGGCACGACUUCGAGGCCGAAAGGCGUUGUGUAUAACCAUAGGGGGGCGUUUCUGAACACGGUCGCUACCGCUUUCGUUCACGAGAUGAGCUUUAUGCCGGUUUAUCUUUGGACGGUCCCCAUGUUCCACUGCAACGGGUGGAACAUGGUCUGGGGCGUUGCCGCUCUGGGCGGCACUAACGUGUGCCUGAGGCGUUUCGGCCCCAAGGACAUUUUUGACAACAUUGCCCGCCAUAAGGUCACUCACAUGGGGGCCGCGCCGACCGUGUUGAACAUGAUGGUCAACUUGUCGCCAGGCAAUCGAAAACCGCUUCUUAACGUUGUUAAAGUCAUGACGGGCGGUUCGCCGCCGCCUCCGCAACUCCUCUCCAAAAUGGAAGAGAUGGGGUUCAAUUUGGUCCACAUAUACGGGCUAACCGAGACCUACGGCCCGGGCACUUUCUGCAUGCACAAGCCCGAGUGGGACACCUUGCCGCCCGAAGAGCGGCAGAAGACAAAAGCCAGACAAGGGGUGGCCCACUUUUGCCUCCAAGACGUGGACGUGAGAGACCCCGUCACUACAAGAAGCGUCCCCGCGGACGGUAAGACCAUGGGGGAAGUGAUGUUCAGGGGGAACACCGUGAUGUCCGGGUAUCUGAAGGACCGAAAAGCCACUGAUGAAGCGUUCAGGGACGGGUGGUUUCACAGCGGCGAUCUGGGUGUAAAACACCCAGACGGCUACUUGGAAGUCAAAGACCGGUCAAAGGACAUCAUUAUAUCGGGGGGCGAAAACAUAUGUAGCGUCGAAGUGGAGAGCGUUCUGUACGACCACCCGGCGGUCCUUGAGGCGGGAGUGGUCGGGAGGCCGGACCGGGUUUGGGGGGAGACGCCGUGCGCCUUCGUGAAGGCGAAAGAGGGGUUUGAGGUUGAAGAGAGUGAACUGAAGAGCUUUUGUAGGGAACGCUUGCCUCAUUAUAUGGCACCUCGGACAAUUGUGUUUGGGGAUUUGCCAAAGACUUCCACGGGGAAGAUACAAAAGUAUGUUUUAAGGGAGAAAGCUAAGGCAUUGGGCAGUCUUUGUUGAUUAGUACGGAUUAAUUGUCUAAUUCAAAUGCUUGUGACUAUUUGAAAUUGGAAUAAUGAAAAUGUUGUAAAAAAAGUGUAAAGAAUUGUUAAAUAAUGUAAUGUUUUUCAUCAACAAUGUUGUGUCUCCAUUUGUUGGGUUCAGGAUUUGUUAUUGGCCAGGUAGUUUUAAGAAAAAUUAGUACUAAAUAGGACUAAAAUAU